GGUGGGAGGGGCCUCCCAGGGAGAGCACAGAGGGGGCCUGCCUGCCAGACACCUCCGGGGAGCCUGCCUUUCAAGCAUGAACCACCCCACCUGAGCUGCCAACUCCGUGUGCCCUUAGCUCUGCCUGCCUGGCCUGGGGUCCUGGAGACCUUCUGGGAGCUCAUCCAGCAACCAUCAUGCAAGGUGGUGCUGGGCACGGCCCUCUUCCUGGGAGGCGGAGGCCUGGUGCUGUGGGCGCAGAGGAAGAGGAGGCAGAAGAUCACGCCUGAGCUCGCGACGGCUGAGCAUGAGUCCCCAGAAGCCCUCAGAACAAAGGAGAGCUGGAUCAAGUCGCACUUCAGCUGCCUGUCGGAAGAGAAGCUGUGCACCAACACCGCCAGCGCCUGCUGCAGUGCCCCGCAGCCCGAGGGCGGGAGCGGCGAGGCCAACACCACCAUCCGCGUGGAGACCUUCAGCACCAGGCAGGGGGAGGAGGGCGCCGCCCUGCACCGGGAGUCCUUCACCAGUCGGCAGAGGAUGUCCGGGUGCUCAGUGAUCAAGGAGACCCACAGGGAGUCUGGGAAGGCCUCGUCCUCGGAGGAGGCCACGUGGGCCGCCGUGGCUGCCUGCACCAAGGAGAUCGACGCCAAGGGGCGGCACCUGGCGGACUCCAUGCUGCAGCGGGCUACGGCCUACCAGCACUCGGGCCACCUGGAGUCCAGGGACAUCAGCCCGGAGGAGCUUAAGGCCCUGGAGGAGGUGGAGAUGAAGCUGAAAGGGAGUUUUCUCACCAAGCAGGAAAGCACGGUCGCAGGCGCCAGCCACACCCACACUUUCCAUCCUAGCCACCAGGGUCACCCAGGUCAUGCAAGCCAUCAGAGUCAAGGCCACCCAAACCCUCAGAGUCAAGGCCAGCCAGGCCACCAGAGUCAAGGGCACCAGGGUCACCCAGGCCAUCUGAACUACCAGAAUCGUCCAAGCCAUGCAAGCUACCAAGGCCAUCCAGGUCACACAAGCUUCCCAGGUCAUCCUGGUCACCUGAGCCACCAGAGCCACAGCCUGCCCAACCGCAGUCACUAGUUCUGUGACUCCUCUGAAGCCACCUAACCACAGAUGGAGAUCCCCUUCCCCCAGCAGGGCUGGCCACACAGGCCUGUUUCCUCCCCAAGGGCACCCUCUGGGGCCUGGGCUGGGCCGCCUCCAUGGCCCGUCCCUCCGCAGGCCCUCCACGUGUCCCAGGCACCUGGACUCCAUGAGCAGGGCCUGUCCCAGAGGGGAGACCCUGACAGAGGGAGAGCCGGGUGCCAGCACAGCAGCCCAGGUAGACCCGGAGGCCCGGAAGGCCCAUGGAGAGGAGACAGACAAGGCAGAUCCCGGGAGCAACUGAGAGCCCCACGUUGACGCCGAGCGCCUGGAACAGAGCCAAUAAAGCCUUGUAUCCC